AUGGCCCCCAUCCAAUCCCCCGAGUUCGACCUGGGCAAGUGCCUCAAGGGCGAGCAGCAGCUUGUGACCUGGGACAUCGCAUACCGCGCCCUCUGCGACCCCGAAACCGCGUCCAAGAGCGAUGCCCUACGCGCCUUCCUCACCGCCAACGAGAACAGAGACAUCCUCGCCCACCCGUGGAAGCCCUUUCCCGACCCGUCGUCGCAGGAGAAGAGCAAAUUCGAAUCAAAGACCGCGCCCAUCAGCGUCACUCCCGCCCAGAGCGAACACUACGAUGUAACAGAGAUCAAGGACGACAGCCUGUGGCUGGCCAAAGAAGCGCAGAUAUCAGAAUAUGCAGCGCUGCAGUUGGUCGUCCAGGAAUGGCAGGGCAGGCCAACCGCACAGCUGUUGAGUGGACUCACUGAAGAGGAGGCCCUCAGCGUACAGGAAGCCGCUGGAGUCGGGAAUCUAGGCGCCUCGACUUUCGUCCCAAACUCAUCCAUCAUGGCCUCACCGCUCGCUUCCAAGACCGCGCAUCUCGAUGCAAAGGACCAGCGCCGCCUCCACAUCCUCGACGUAUACCAUUCGACGUGCGCGUCCAUCAUACGCAUCAGCCAGCUUCUGGUCUCGUGGGGCUGCGCGUCCAACUUGCGCAGCCAAACCAUCUACGGCAACGACUACCUUAGCAUUGGCGCCGGCUGGAUUGAGGAGCUUGGACAGGCUAUCGCAGCAGCGCAAGAUGGCCCCUCGGGCGGAAAGGCGCUAGACGAGUUGCUCAAAGCAUUCGACAAAAGAUGCGACGCUUUGGACACCGGCUAUGGCUGGGACGUCGACGAGUCGAUACUAGAGCCUGCGUCAGAGAAAUGGGUCGUCGCGCAGACUACGGAGAUGCUGCAUAUCCUUCACCUGGCCUUGGUACACGCAGACCUGGUCGCGAAGGACUUCCUACCUGCGGCUACCAUCGAGGACUGGCUCAAAGCCUUCAGUUUCCGCGGCUUUUUCCGCGAAUUCCCAGCAGUCACGGCUCGCCAGGAACCUCUCAUUCCGGUUAUUCAACUGCUGACUUCACUCAUGUCUUUGACUAUCUUGAAAGUCGACAAGAUCAUGGACGACCUCGAAUCUGGCAACUGCAACGCCUGGGACUCCUCAUCGUAUAUUCUCAACGGCACAGUUGUAGAGAGCAUUACCACCAUCUUCGGAGAAGCCAAGUCAUUGGGCGCCAGUCCGGCUACACCACCUACAUUCGCCUGGGCUAUCCUGACUUGGAGGCUCACCACCCGUGCGAGCUACGAGGAACAAGAGCGCGACCGUCUCAUCGAAGCGUCGAACGACACAGGAAACACGGAGCCUCAGACUUCGCCACUCGAAGAGGCUGCUUUAGUUGUGGCUAGACUUGAAAAUCAUGAGCUCUUCGACGGCAAGAUGCCUUAUGAGGAGCUGGCCAACAUCAGCUCAGCAGUGGGCGUGCUAGCUAUCAUCAACCAGCUAGUUGAGACCAGUCUGCCAGCAUUUGGAACAUCGAUCGACCAGAUAUCACAGGAUAGGAUUCGUCUACUGUUCCUCCAACUCAUCCGCGCCGCAGUCGGCAGUGACAUUGUUGCGUACAGCCCGGAUCUGAUAGUAACAACAUACACAAUUCUCACCGGUGACAACUCCUUCCGUAGAUGGGAGAAUGGGGAGAUUUCUCGUCAUGCUGAUCCGGUUGUUGCGUAUUUCCUGGAAGACGAAUACAUCCUUCGACCACUGCUGCUCAACGAAGCUCGCCUACGCUAUCCCUACGAGAUGACGCCCUUCCUCAAAUUCUGUAGCGCAUUGACACGCGGGGACAAGACCAUGCAGAACGGCAUGCCUACAUUCAUCGAGAAGCUUGGGAACCACAAUCGACUUAUGCAGCGCCUCCCAGAAGGCUUCAGGGACUAUGCAUUGACGCGCGAGGAGGAGAAUGCCAACUGGGUUGAACUUACAGCCAAUCUUCCACUCUUCUCGACUGGAACCCCUUCAAGCUUCCGUGGGCAACGACGGUUAUUAACCUCCGGCAGAUCGACACAGUCUGACGGCCUGUCUGGAAUACCUGCUGGCACAGAAGGGAUCAUCGUUGAUGAUAGCUCACAGCCUUAUGUGGCGGUAUGGCAUCAUCACCACUCUACACUUUCGUACCUAGUCGAGCUACUUUCAACAUACCCUGUAGGCAGCAGUAAGGUCGAAACCGCCACGCAGCAACCCGCAUCUCGCGAAAGCGUCAUCGAGAUUAUCGGACUCUUCGCCGACUUGAUGCAUUCUUCUUUACAUGCUUCUGAGGGCAUCUGUUCAGCAGAACUCCUGGAGGCGAUCAGCAUCGGUGCUGAAAGCAGCCAGGAUACUGUCAACAUUGUGCUUGCCAUUUUCGAGGAGGAGCUGCUCCACCUCUGCCAGGAGCCUAGUAACGAAGCUUCUUUAGAGCUUCUGGUCAACUGCACCCACUUCCUAGAGGCCUUGAUCAUCGUCUCACCACAUAGGGUAUGGCCCUGGCUCGCUAGGAGCAGGUUGCUAGAAGGCGACGGCAACGGAAGCUUAGCGACUAUUCUGAUCGGAACCGAGAUGGUUCUUGGGCGAUAUGACUUCCUCAUAGGAUGCAUUCGACUCUACAAGGGUCUCGUUAAGGAUGCCGUUGAGCGAUCGGUGUCUCGCAAAGUGCCGACAAAAGCACUUAGCCGCUUCAAUGCAUCCGCGCCUUCAGAAAGCGGAACGUCGGACAAGAUCAUGAGCACCAUCCUCUUUACAUUCGGCCGGACCCUUGCCAGCAUAUACGAGAGCUCUUUGAACUGGAAAUACUCUCAACCCAACCACCGUCCUGAGAUUAACAUCGCUAUCUGCGAAGUCUUCACAACGAUCUUGAACCUUGCGUACAGCGUCGACGACGAGCCCAAGCUAUCUGCUAAACUUGCCAAAUCUAUCGCGCCCAUCGCUGAGUACCUUACCCAGCUGUACCUUACGCGAUCUGGUGCAGAUCUUCCAACGAACCCGCUGAUGACAUCUCUGGUUACUGGUGUCAGCCCUAGUGACAUCACGUUGCUCACGACCUCGAGUGCGUUGUGGAUGCAGCAGACGCAGACUACUGUGGCCUUCGCCGAUGUCCUUGUCAGGGUUGCAAUACUACUUAACAAGCCCUGGACACACCUGGAGCAGCAGUUGUUCAAAGCUACGCCAUUAUUAGCACGAUUAUAUGCGACUAGUGACAAGUGGAAGUCGCAGGUCGUGCUCCUUUUGGAAGCUCUUGUCCGCGGUGCUGUUCGGGUCGCUGGACAAGAAGACUCAGCCAUGGCAGACGGAGACCCAAAGCAGACUGCUCGAAAACAGAUUGAACAGCAAGAACCGCCUUCCCUACUUGGGCACCUCGGACCACGGACCGCAAAGAACUUCUUGAGUGUGCUGUCACAACUAGACGAGCCAUUGCAAAUAGUGGACAUUCAGACGAACGUCUGGAACUUGCUUUCGGCUGUAGUAACGUGCAAGCAGCAAUGGUUCUCGUUGUACCUGCUCACUGGUAGCACACCUCGGGAGUCGAUUCGCUCCAAGAAGGACGCGACCCAUGACUCAAGAAACAGAGCUCUCCUCACGCGAGCGCUCGAUGCACUUUCCAACAUGGCUUUGCCCGAGAAAGACGCGAGUGGGAUUUCAUGGCCUCUUUACACUGCCAUGCUUGAGUUUGUUUCAUCAGCGCAGAACAACUGGUCAUGGGCAAUGGGUGAUCUAAGGCAACGUAAAGACUUGAUCCAGAAGCUGCUUGCUUUCCUGAAGUGGAUGGCCAAGCAACCCAAACAACCAAAAAUGAGCAGCAAUAGCGAGACAUUGGAGCGCUCUUUCCAGAACAGGUUUGCAUCGUUAGCUUGCGAAGUCAUCGCUAUGUACCUCCACAGCUCGCGGCAAGUGGGCGACAUCACUGUGCUCAAGGAUGUUGUGCCGAGUCUGACAUACCUGGAAGAUACUGCUUUGGAGCUGCCGUCCUACAGUACAUCCUUGCACGGCUAUCUCAAACAGAACCUCGAGCAACAGUAUCCUGGUGUCUCAUUAGGAAACCUCAAGCGAACCACACUCUACCCGGAGACCUUUGGGCGCGCCUUCUUCUACGACAUCGACCUUGCUCAGCAGCUUUUGGGCUUCAACAGCAAAUGGACAGGUCCUCGAGAAGGUACGGGCUUUGCUGCCGAAGUGGAGAAGGCCAACUACAACCUUGGCCUCGUUGAGUCUCAAGUCCUACUGCUCCAAGGCUGGAAGCUACUGGCUCUUGAGCUGAGUCAGGUUGUAGCAAAGGAUGAGCGCAUAGUCAAGGUGCUUGUCGGUGUUAUUCAGAAGUGCAUGGUUGCCAAUCAACAAUCGAAUCUUCCGGAAGCGUUAUUUGGCCAGCUCAUGGUCCUGCGAGCAGAUCUGGCUUUCGCACUGCUUAAGAAGCUGGUGGAGGCCAAAGUACGAACAAGCGAGGCACGCCAACUACUCGCUCCAGUAUGGAACGCCAUCCGCACUUCUACGCCCGACUUCGAGAACGUAUUUUCGACUGACGCUGUGCACUACUACCGGUCUCUGCUACGGAUCCUGUACCUCGCCCUUCAUUUCCAUCUAAUCGAAGAUACGGACACGUCGGACGACGCAUCCUUCCGCUCCUCUUUCCGCGGCACAAUGCCCACAAGCCACAACAAAUACACGGAACCCAUCUCCACCCAACUCCUCGAGAUUCUGUCAGAUACGGUUGCAAAAGGCUUCCGCAGUCUGGCUAAUCAACUCCACGCCGAACCCGCAUCCGUCUCGCCAUCUGACUUCGCCCUCCUCACUGCGCUUCUCCAACGUAUCAUUGCGAUACCAGAGAUGUCGAAGUGGCAGCAACAAGCCGCUCUCCUCUUCGCCAACAGCAACACCGUGCGCUACGCCACCAGUCUAUUCUCAUGGGCCGACCGCCUGACAAUCUCCCACAACGGCGUCGACGACCCCAUCUACGGCGAGCUCAGCGUCCUCUUCCUACUCUCUCUAUCAAGCAUCUCAGCCCUCGCCGAGACCAUGGCCGUGGAAGGCAUACUCAGCCAACUCAACACCGCAAACAUCAUGAACUACUACCGACGCACCAACGGCAUGGGACCCUUCGACAACCCAUCCCGCAUGUACAGCAUCUGGACAAAAGGCAUCCUACCCCUCUGCCUCAACCUCCUCCUCUCCGUCGGCCCGCCCAUCGCAGCAGAAAUCUCAUCCUUCCUCAACCAGUUCCCCGAGCAACUCGCCCGUUCAGCCCUAAGCAUAAACUCGAACCCUUCGUCCCGCACAUCAGCCACAAAAAUCACACUGACCGUCGCCUCGGAAGUCCACUCCCUCUCCCUCAUCGCCAGCAUCCUAGAAAACGUACGCAAACAAGGACCCAAGCUGGGUAUCCAAGCCAACGAAGUCGCUCUCCUAGACUGGGAUAAGGAAAACAUCAAGGAAGAUGUCGAGAGCUGGCUCAGUCGCAAGAGUGCGCUACGCGAGCGCAUCGUUGCUGUUGAUGAGCGCGAGCUGGAGAUGCUGAGUCAAAGGAAGGGAUCAGGUGAGGAUGCGUUGAGUGAGCUUGAGAUCCGCGUUCUGGGGGAGUUGGAAGAUGCGGGGAAGUGUCUUGGUGUGGGCAAUGGGAAUGGAAACGGGAAUGGAAAUGGGAAGAAAUAG